CACACACACACACACAUUCACGCACAAACACUCUGAGACGUACACUCAGCCAGUCUGUAGCAGCCUGAGGGACGGACACAGAAAACACAGCGACACCAGACUUUGCGGCCACAGAAGCUCUGAACAACACUACAGAUGGGGCCUGGAUUGUUUUGGAACUUCCCUCCCAAGGCUGGCUGCACGGUUCCACAAAGCCUCCUGCAGACCAUGUUGCUGUCCAGGAUGGCGGGGAUGAAGGAGCAGCAGUUCACGGAGGAGAAGCCCCUGCUGCCGGAGCAGAGAGGAGUGGACUCAGACAUGCAGGAUAAAGGAGAGGAGGCAUCAGGGGGGCUCCAGGGCCCCACCGCCCCCGCGCCUCUUAACAACCCCCCUCCCCCCAGUCGCUCCACUCACCGCUGGCAUGUCUUCGCACGGCACUGGCUCCGCCAGACCCGCCGUCGGACCAGCGGGGUCCUCCCGGAAAGCUGUGAACAGCUGAUGCCACCAGGUGACUGGAAGGAACAUGAUGUUGAGACCCCUUAUGGGAUGCUGCAUGUGGUGAUCCGAGGGGCACCCAAGGGAAACAAGCCUGCUAUCCUCACCUACCACGACGUGGGACUGAACCACAAGCUGUGCUUCAACGCUUUCUUCAGUAAUGAAGACAUGCAGGAGAUCACCAAGCAUUUUGUGGUGUGCCACGUCGAUGCCCCGGGACAGCAGACUGGAGCGUCGCAGUUCCCACAAGGGUACCAGUACCCCACCAUGGACCAGCUGGCUGGCAUGCUGCCCACUGUUGUGGAGCACUUUGGAUUCAAGAGCAUCGUUGGAAUCGGUGUCGGAGCUGGAGCUUAUAUUCUGGCCAAAUUUGCUCUGAUCUUCCCUGACCUGGUAGAGGGUUUGGUUCUGCUCAACAUCGACCCCAAUGGCAAGGGAUGGAUUGACUGGGCUGCUACCAAGCUGUCAGGUCUGACCAGCACUUUGCCAGAUACGGUGCUGCCACAUCUUUUCAGCCAGGAGGAGCUGGUGAGCAACACAGAGCUGGUGCAGAGCUACAGGCAGCAAAUCAACAACAACAUCAACCACUUCAACCUGCAGCUUUUCUGGAACAUGUACAACAGUCGGAGGGACCUGGAGAUGAACCGCAGUGGGACAGUGCUUAACGCCAAGACCCUGAAGUGUCCUGUGAUGUUGGUUGUUGGAGACAAUGCGCCUGCAGAGGAAGGAGUGGUCGAGUGUAACUCCAAACUGGACCCAACCAACACCACCUUCCUGAAGAUGGCUGACUCUGGUGGACUGCCCCAGCUCACACAGCCCGGCAAACUGACAGAAGCCUUCAAGUACUUCCUGCAGGGGAUGGGCUACAUCGCUAAUGUGAAGGAUCGGAGGUUGAGUGGAGGGCCAGUGCCCUCAGCCAGUAUGACCCGCCUAGCUCGCUCCAGGACGGCUUCCCUGACCAGCGGCGGCUCCGUGGAGGGAUCCCGCUCACGAGCCUGCACCCACUCUGACAGCACCGAGGGAGUCGGCGCAGUCGCCCAUACCAUGGAGGUGUCCUGCUGAGAAACCACAGGAAGAAAGAGGGAGGGAGGAAGUAGAGGGAUGGAGAGAGAAACAGUGAGGCAGACUGUGCAAACAAGAGCUGGAGUAGGGGGUUUAUAAGGAUUGAAGGUGUGAGAGAGGUAGUCAGGCUUGAUGGAGAGGGAUAGUAAUAUUUGAAGACAGCUCUCUUUGUCUUCAUCUACGUCCUCCGGAUCCCCGUGUCUGCCAUUUUCUUCCCUCCACUGUAAAAUUCCAUAUGUAACGCUACUUUAACACCCUAAACACAUUUAAAUAUCCACCUCAAUUUCCUUUCUCCCACAACUCAAUGAUUUAGCAUUUACUCUUGAAGUGUCAUUCUUGUGUUUGCUGAGUGUGGCCUCAUUCUUUGCUUGCACCCUUUCUAACCUCCCACCCCCCAAACACACAAAACAGUAAUUCUGUCAACAGUCCAUACAGAAAUAUGCUGUAAAGAGCUAGUGAUGAAAUCUGGUACGAGCUGGUAAAAGUGCAGGACAUAGCAACGAGAGCAGUACUUUUAUGGGGUGUUUUCUGUUUUUAUGUGACAGAUUGUGAGCAUCUCUCUCUGUGAUGUUUGAGAGUCACGCGGGGGUGUGUCCAGAAUUAGGCAGACGGCAGAACACAGCGUGUCGUAGCCGAGUGCACCUGUAGCGCUUAGAGAGGAUUUGUAAGCAUAGUUAGAGCUCACAACGCUGCUUUAAAGCUGCACUUGGUAAGAUCUUAUUUCAAACAUGUGAACUAUAAUUAGAUUGAAACAGCGCGAUAUCAUCAGCAUAUGCUUAGACUUAUCUCCAGUGAUGCAUUUACAUUAAAAUAUUAAAUAGGUUUAUAACAGCUCAAACUUUGAAAUAAUAAGCUAUCUGUCAGGCUGUCUGUGCUUCUGCAUGUGUAGUAUCUGAGACAUAUUCUGAGGCUCAUUACCUCAAAACAAGAAAUUACACACAGGCCGCCGGUCACAAGCGCACCAAAACCAAGCCACUACACCACCAGGGAGCUUUAUCUGUUUAUCUGCUUUAUCUUCUUCUUUUUGCCACAAUAAUAUUUACAUGAGUGUCUUUGAGUCAUCUUGAUUUUGCGUGAGAAGACAAUCUGGAGCUGUUUGGUAUCAAAUGAGCCAAAAAUUAUUUAAAAACAUCAAAUCCAACGUAGCCAAUGUAGCAGCAAAGUUGUUGUGAAGCACUUGAAAAACACCUUCUGUGAAAUCAAGUGAGCCUGAAACUAUUAAUAUCUUACACUGUAAAACAUGUAAAUGCUUAAUAAAGACGGUGGAAAAUGCACCCAUAUGAGCAAAAUACUUAUAUAUAGUUUGCAAACUGAGGAAUAUUAAUGUAGCUAUAUGAGCUUGAAGUGCAGAUUAACCUGUUUGUGUUAACAAGGAACUUGUCAGAAAGCUAGCAUUUAAAUUUCAAUUACAUUUAAAAAGUCGUUAAUUCAUAGAAAGACCCUUUACACUCCCAUCACGAGCAGGGCCGGCAAGGGAACAUGAUGUUACAUCAGCUCCAAAAUUUCGCUUGGAGCGACAUUAGCGUAAUAAACCAGAGUGCAGCUUUAAGCCGCGUGUCAUCUCACAUUUCUCAGACAAUCCACUGCAUAAUACUAGAAUAGAAGAAGUAUUUAUUAACAUGUAUAUGCAUGUGAAUGUGAAAGUAAUCUUAGGGCAUUCUAGUAUGUAAUUAGUUUCUAGUAUUAGGGCAUUCUUCAUUAGCACCUUACAUGUGGCUAGUUAAAUAGAGCCAUGGAUGCAAACACCUUCAUCAGCCUGCAGCUGUAGUGCAUGGAUGUGGUUUUCGCCAUAGGCAGCUCUUUGUGGUCUCUUAACAUGACAAUCACAGCCUGACUCAAACCAAACUUGACCCGGGAGGGGAGCUGAGGCAGGAUCAGGCUAGCCCGACAAGCUCUCGUUUCUGGGUCGGCAUCACAGAAACUUGCCUUCCCUUACAGCAUCCAGCCCCUCUUUGUGGAUAUACCAAAGCUACCCACCCACACAAACACACACACCCACACACACACACACACACACACACAUUUUCGCACAUCUACUGAAGUGAAAGCUGCGUGGGCUGGAUUUUGUAAUGGAAAAAAGCAAUACACAAAAUUCACAUGCAAGAUGGAAUUCAUUGCUAUGUGGUUAGUGGUUGUUUUGAUGUGCUGUGAAGCCACGAUCUCACCGGUGUAGUGCAACAUAGUGAGUAUAUAUGUGUAGUUUUAGACUAGUGCAACUGUGUGCUGCAAUCUGCUGUAAUCCUGGACCACCUUAAUAGCGAUCAGGGAUGGGCUCCCUUGGAUUUUAGCUCACUAAUGUACAGUAUUCAUGUACCAUAGUCACCUUCGUCUGCUUUCAGUUUUUCCGGAAAACCCUUUGGUCCCCUGUCAGAAGGGGCGUAGCUUCCAAUUGCUGAGGUGUGCACUUCCCUGAGGCAGCCUGUAAGGGGCGGGGCUUUUUUGGCGCCAUUUGGGCUCCAAGCUCGGAAUGUAGGGCAACCCCCAGCCACUUAAAAAAAAACAAAAAACAAAACCCCUCCCUCUAAAAAAAAAAAAAAAAAAAAAAAAAAAAUCACAAGGUGCCCCGGCUCUCACAGGCAAACCCAGUUGCACCCUAAAGGGCUAUCAGCUGAAGUCACUUUUUAAGAUGUCGGUAGUGUUUUAGUCAUAGUUGUGAGCACCAGGGGGCCCUAAAAAGCAACAGGCUGGGAAUGAAAAUGAAAAAAUGCUAUAUCUGUGUAAAGAGGAAGGGAAAAGAUCAUUACCAAAACACAGAGAGAGAUUCUGACCUGAAACAUGGCUGAAUGAAUGUUAAAGGAAAAGAAUGUGAAUUCGUUUAAGCUGGAUAGAUUGUUGAAUUGCUUGAAAUAUUCAGUAAUGGUCUCAAAACGUGGAAAACAGGGAUCAGAUCAAAGACGUUCUUAUAGAAUCUCAUCGGCCAACUUCACAAAAACUCAAGGUUGCAUGUAGCAGAUUUUGUGAUCAUUUUCACUGUUUCUUCUGUUCACUAAGCUAUUUUCUGCCAUCCUCCUACAUGACUCAAACUGCCUGGGGGGGCUCCUGAAUGUAUCUUGUCCCUUUUUGAAGUGCUGUACAGUAUUGUCGACCCACACCUCAUCCUCACUAUGUUUUCCAUUUCUUUUAUCUUUGACAUUUAACCCUGUACAUGAAAACCCAUCUCCUAUCUGCUCCUUCCUCUUCGAGGUCUUUAAAUAGUGAAGUUGAAUUGUGAAAGUCCACAGGUCCUGUAAGCUAGCGCUGGAUCAGUUUGUAUAGACCUUGGUCCUCCUUGCACUUGUAGAUACUUUUUAUUUAUAGAGCAGGUUACCCCAACCGAGCACUCUAACAUUACCGUAUUGUGCAAAAAUGUACUUCUUUUCCUCUUCUCUUGGAGAUUUUUUUUAAAGACAACAAUAGGGUGUAACCUCUUCUUGGUAUUUUAUUGGUUCAUGUGCUAACACUAUUUCUCUUCUUACUGCCAUUAUGACCAAUUUGUAUUAAGCAAUAAGUUCUUUUUUCUCAUUUGGAUCGUUUCAUAUUGUGGGAGUCUUCCCUCUGAGCUUGUUUCUAUUCACAACAGUAGGACUCUUACCGGCUUCGUUGUCAUCCAGAUGUGUACUGUAAAGUUUAAAUAUAUUAUAUAAAUACAUAUACAAAGUAAACUGUCUCUGUCAAUGUACUGAUCAAGUAACAAGUGAGAAAUAAAGACUUUACGUCAGAAUUUGA